UCCCCCUCGUUAGCACUCGAGCGGGAAAGGAGAAGCAAGAAAGAUGGCGGAGGCCAACAACAGUGACCGCAGUUCGAUGGAGCAGCAACGGCAACGGCAACGGCAACAGCGUCAACAGCGACUCUUCUUUCAGCAGCACUGGCGACAGCUCUUGUUCAUGCGGCAGCAGCUCCAACAGCAGCAGCAACCGCAGGCGUCGAUCCACCAUCAGCCGUCUUAUAAUCUCCGCCAACCUCUGCAGUGCACCAUCCCCCGCUUCCUGUCUUAUAAUCUCGGCGCCACCGGCGUCCGACACUUCCAGGUCCCUCCGCCGCACCAGCCGCCCCCUUCGUCCUCCUCCUCCCAUCCGCCGCCGGUCCCCUGCCUCCGCCCCCACCACGUCCCUCCACAGUCCCAGCCGGCGAGGCCUUCGGCUUCGGGAGUCGAGGUCGGCGCCGGAAGCAAGAGGCCCGUGAACCCCGUGGAGAUAGAGAUGGCUCACCAGGACGCGUUGAUGGUCUGCAACCCCGACUUGAAGAGCCCCUUCGCCUCUGUGGAGGACGCUGUGCAAAGGUAUGGAUCCGUAGUUCAGUUGCGCUCUUAGGGUUUUGUUGCCUCUUUGCUUUUUCUUGGAAAAAA